AUAUACAUUCUCAUAUGGCGCUUGGGAGCAAGGGAAAGGGCGUUAAUGAUCCCAUCCAAACGAGCGCCCCAUCAGCUCUCCAAGAGAUCAAAUCAUACUCCGUAUAAACUGUACUUUGUCUCAGCGCUGCUGCUAAAAACCAUUGAUUCUCCAUUUCCCUGUUUCUCUGAAUCUCUCUACUCGGACUCGGAACCCGCAUAGAGCGAUUCUAUUUAUCUUGGCGCUGCUCAUGGCCAAUUCUGCCGUCUCUCAGAUUCCAAUCGCGGUCGCUCUGAAUCCAGAAUUCUCCAUCCGACGAUCCGUAUUUAAGGCUAACACAUUAGGUUUCAGUCAUAAAUUUGGAACGAGUAUCCAAUGUUUUGGCCUGAAAACAUCAAAUGGAAAAUUCAGGAGAGACACUUUGGUUUGCAUGUCUCUGCAACAAGCCAGCCAAUGCAAAGUGCAUGUUUCACCUCUGUCACUAGAAGAUGCAAAGGAACCUCCAUUGAAUCUGCACAAACCUAAGGAGCCAUACACGGCAACAAUUGUCUCUGUUGAGAGGCUUGUAGGACCAAAUGCUCCCGGGGAGACUUGCCAUGUUGUGAUUGAUCAUGGUGGAAAUCUUCCUUACUGGGAAGGACAAAGCUAUGGUGUUAUUCCUCCUGGUGAGAACCCAAAGAAACCAGGUGCUCCUCACAACGUUCGUCUAUAUUCAAUUGCAUCUACACGAUAUGGAGAUUCUUUUGAUGGGAAAACAGCAACUUUGUGUGUCAGGCGUGCUGUCUACUAUGAUCCCGAUACAGGAAAAGAAGAUCCUUCGAAAAAAGGCGUUUGCAGCAAUUUCCUAUGUGAUUCAAAUCCCGGAGACAAAGUGCAAAUCACUGGUCCUUCUGGCAAGAUUAUGCUUCUCCCUGAAGACAACCCAAGUGCUACACACAUUAUGAUCGCAACUGGUACAGGUGUAGCUCCUUAUAGAGGGUACCUCCGUCGUAUGUUUAUGGAAUCUAUCCCAACAUUCAAGUUUAACGGCCUUGCUUGGCUCUUCCUUGGGGUGGCCAACAAUGAUAGUCUUCUGUAUGAUGAGGAGUUCACCAAAUAUCUCAAGGACUAUCCAGAUAAUUUCAGGUACGACCGUGCUCUUAGCAGAGAGCAGAAGAACAAGCGAGGGGGGAAGAUGUAUGUUCAGGACAAAAUUGAAGAGUACAGCGAUACGAUGUUCAAGCUGCUUGACGAAGGGGCCCACAUAUACUUCUGCGGGCUGAAGGGAAUGAUGCCUGGGAUUCAGGAUACGUUGAAGCGGGUGGCAGAGGAUAGAGGGGAGACAUGGGAGUCGAAGCUCUCGCAACUCAAAAGGAAUAAACAGUGGCACGUUGAAGUGUACUGAUACGUAUUUGAAGUUCUCGUAUACAAUUACGGAGUAAAUCAUUUACUAUCAUUCUUGAAAGGUUAGUCCCAGAAUCACCCUGUGUUUGUGAUUAACGUGAUUUCAUGUUGUGUAAAACUUGAGUUUCUUUUUUGAAUUUUUUGACAUGGAAUAAAAUUUUCUAAACUGA